UUUUUACUUUUAAAUUAAAUUAAAAAAAAAGAUUAAAAAAAAAAAUUACUCCGCGGAAGUACAUUGACGUCAUUUCCUGUAGCUGCUCUAGAUGCACUGAGUUACAUGUUCAGUCGCUCCUUGUGAAGGGGAAGGAAAGAUGUCAGGUGCUGGGGGAGGAAAACGUCCCUCAGGAGGGGACAGCCCCCCUGGCCCACCUGAGAAGAAGAGCAAGAAAGAGGAGAAGACCACCACCACUCUCAUUGAGCCCAUACGCAUAGCUGGAGUCUCCUCUACGGAGGAAAUGGACAUGAAGGUCCUCCAGUUCAAGAAUAAGAAGCUGUGUGAGCGCUUGGAGCAGAGACAGACGAUGGAGGAUGAAUUACGAGAGAAAAUUGAGAAGCUGGAGAAGAGACAAGCCACCGAUGACACCACCCUGCUGAUUGUCAAUCGCUACUGGUCGCAGUUGGACGAAAAUGUGCACGUUCUACGCAAACGCAUUGAGCCAGAUGCGCCGGUGAUAUCUACCCCUGCCCCACCCGCACCCCCUCUGCCUGAACCCACACCUAUGGAGGAAGAUGGUGUCAGUCUGGUCUCACCAACUUCUGCCGUGCCUCCACCUCCACUCCCAGAGGGCCAGAACGAGGGGGAGCAGGCAGAGCAGCAGGAGGGGCAUCAGGACGAGCAGAAGCAGCCCCCGCCUCCUACUGGGUCAGAAGAGUUGUUGACACCCGCAGAGCCGCCACAGGACUCAACAACAGGUGCAUCGCCGCCCCUUGCUCCAAUAAGUGACAAUGCCAAGGGUUUCCUGUCUACAUUGGAGCACAGUAGCGAGGAGGAGCUCACCCUGCACCUCCAAGACCGCAUGCAGUUCAGCAAGGAAGCCAUUGCCUGCUUGGUCUGUGUCUUUGACAGGCUGCACAGCCGCAUCGACAACAUGUGCAAGCAAGUCCAGGCUGCAGCAUGUGAGGACGAUAGCCAGUCUGACAUCAUCAAUGUGAACCACACUCUGCUGGAGGAGAACAGUCGACUGCGAGACCUGGCCACUCUGCUGCAGGGCCGUCACCACAAGAUGUCCAUGGAGUACAAUGAGUUAGUGGACAAGGUGACCAGCUCCGAGACCAAAGUGUCUGAGAUGGAGACGACAGUGGAAGACCUGCAGUGGGACAUUGAGAAACUCCGCAACAGGGAACAAAAGCUCAACAAACAUCUGGCAGAAGCCAUGGAGCAGCUGAAGUCUGGAUACAGCAGCACCGGCAGCUCAGGUGUACUUUCUGGGGGCCAGAUUACACUGAACAUUCAGAAGUUUGAGAGUCUCAAUGCAGAGUUGGAGCACAACCAGGAGUUGGCUAAUAGCCGCAUGGCAGAGUUGGAGAAGCUGCAGGUGGAGCUCCAGGAGGCUGUGAGGGAGAGUGAGAAGCUUAAGAUGGACUUGCGGAAUAUUCCAGAAGACGUUGUGAAGGAGACUCUAGAGUACAAAUGUCUGCAGUCCCAAUUCUCCCUGCUGUACAAUGAGUCCCUCGGGGUGAAAACCCAGCUGGAUGAGGCACGAGCCCUCCUGCUCACCGCCAAGAACGCCCACCUCCGACAGAUUGAGCACAUGGAGAGUGAUGAGCUGUCCCUUCAGAAGAAGCUGCGGACUGAUGUCAUCCAGCUGGAGGAUACCCUGGCCCAGGUGCGCAAAGAGUACGAGAUGCUGCGCAUCGAGUUUGAGCAGAACCUGGCAGCCAACGAGCAAGCAGGACCAAUCAACAGGGAGAUGCGACACUUAAUCAGCAGCCUCCAGAACCACAACCUGCAGUUGAAAGGGGACGUGCAGCGCUAUAAGAGGAAGUUGCGGGAAACCCAGAUGGAGAUCAAUAAGUUGCGUUGUCAAAGUGGCGACACGGGGGUUCUUAAUAUAGAGGAGACGACGAAUGACAGCAUGGACGUGAAGAAAGAGGAGGAUGAGGACCAGGAGGAGGAGGAGGAGAGGAGGAAGGAACUGGAGAGGCAGCGGGCCCGGGAGAGAGAGAGGGAGAGGGAGGCUGAGCGAGAGCGAGAAAGGGAGCGCGAGAGAGAGAGGCAGCGCAGCGACGAGCUGAAGAGGAAGGACUCUGACACGCUGAAGAUGCUCCGAGUAGAACUCAAGAAAGCCCAGGAGUCCCAGAAAGAGAUGAAGCUCUUGUUAGACAUGUAUAAGUCGGCUCCAAAGGAGCAGAGGGACAAAGUGCAGCUCAUGGCAGCUGAACGCAAAUCUAAAGCUGAGGUGGAUGAGUUGAGGAUGCGAGUGCGAGAGCUGGAGGAGAGGGAGAGGAAGGAAAGCAAGAAGCUGGCCGACGAAGACGCCCUCAGGAAGAUUCGAGUGGCAGAAGACACCAUUGAGCAUCUGCAGAAGAAACUCGCUGCCACGAAGCAGGAGGAAGCCCUGCUGAGUGAGAUGGAUGUUACGGGCCAGGCCUUCGAGGACAUGCAGGAGCAGAACAGCCGCUUGUUGCAGCAGUUACGGGAGAAGGACGACGCCAAUUUCAAGCUGAUGAGUGAGCGGAUCAAAUCCAACCAGAUCUACAAACUGCUAAAAGAGGAGAAGGAGGAGUUGGCUGACCAAGUUCUCACAUUCAAAACCCAGGUGGAUGCCCAGCUGUUGGUUGUGCAGAAGCUAGAGGAAAAAGAGGGCAUCCUCCAGUGCACGCUUGCCGCUUUGGAAAAAGAGCUGUCUGUCCGGUCACAAGCACUAGAACUCAACAAGAGGAAGGCGGUGGAGGCUGCCCAGCUGGCAGAGGACCUGAAGGUGCAGCUGGAGCACACGCAGGCCAAGCUUAAGGAGAUCCAGGUCUCCGUGGCUGAGAACCGCACCGCCCGGGAGAGGGAGAGCAGCAACCUGAAACGAGCACAGGAGGACCUGUCGAGGCUGAGACGGAAGCUGGAGAAACAGAAGAAGGUGGAGGUGUACUCCGAUGCUGAUGAGAUCCUGCAGGAGGAGAUCAACCAGUACAAGGCCAAGCUGCGCUGCCCCUGCUGCAACACACGAGACAAGGAGACGGUGCUCACCAAGUGUUUCCACGUAUUCUGCUACGAAUGUCUGAAGAUGCGUUACGACACCCGACAGAGGAAGUGCCCCAAGUGCAACUGUGCCUUCGGAGCCAACGACUUCCACCGCAUCUACAUCACCUAAUUCACGGAGAGACGGAGGAGUGAAAAGAGGAAAAAACAGUAGACAGAACCAAAGGAGAGAAAACGAAUAGAGAGAAAAGACAAAAGGAACUGAAGAUUUAUUCAAAGAGUCAGACAUUUUUGGGGGAUAUCAGAUUAAAUGUGUUUCCCCGUUUUAAUCUCUCUUUGGAAAGACUUGUUUUACCGCAUCAUUGCCAUUUGGUGACCAAACAGACUGACUGAGAGUGUUGUGCUGUAGUUAAUAAACGCAGUUGUUUGUGCACAUUUUGAUAUUCUUAUAUGUCGAGCUGCUCUGCACUGUUUUUCCUGUCCUUGCCGUUGUUGCCAUGUUAAAGGUGCGCUCUUUCGACAUUCAGAACAUUAAUAUAGCAGCAAAACAACUAUCUGCUAUGUAAAGAUAUAGAGGAGUAAUGUCUACAUGAGCAGAGAAUGAAGUCACUCUCCCUCUGUGUGUGUUGUAAUCCGAGCUUCUCUGUGCUUUGUUGACAUGGCCGGGCCGGCCAGACGUGCUUUUUGUGCAUGUUUGUGCAUGUGAGCGUGCCCCACUUGCCAGCUCACGGCCGCCGCUCUGCACUGCUCCUGACAGACGGCACUGUUGGGCAAGUGUUGCACCUACCCUUGGUUUCCCCCCAGUUAACACUGUUAGCUCUGUCAGCACUGUUGCCUUUUUUUUUCACUGUUGUUAGCACCAUUAGUUGCGAGCCGCCGGCUCAGCCGUCGCCAUGUUGAGAGCCGUGCGGAGGCAAUAGAAAUGCUCCCAAUUUAGUACCUUUUAAACAUCCUCUUUUUUUAACAAACUGGGCCCACUUUUAAAUAUUUCUUUUUUUUUUAAUGUAUUGAAAAACGUGGAAAUGCAGUCGUUAAUGGUUAAUCUUGCUGCAGCGUUUCUUGGACCUGUUUUUGUCCUGGCUGGUUUUUGGGAAUCCCGUAAAAAUCAGUGAAGCUGAGAUUUCAAUUUCAAAAUUAAAAAGAAACCAUCCUUUACAAA